AUGGAUUCUGUAACUGGGCAGGCACGAUAUUCCAUACCCGAGGAGCAGUCAGAGGGGUCGAUCGUUGGAAACAUUGGUAGAGAUUUGGGUUUGGAGGUGAAGAGACUAGUGUCCGGUAAAGCUCGCAUUAUAACAAAAGGAGCACGACAGUAUGUAGAUUUGAACCGAGACAAAGGGCUUCUCGUUGUUAAAGAGAGAAUCGACCGAGAGGAGCUCUGCGGACAGACUACGCCUUGUAGCUUCAGCUUUGAGCUUAUCAUAGAAAACCCCAUUCAGUUAUAUCGAGUUACAAUAUUCCUCCAGGACCAGAACGACAACGCGCCUCAGGUUCUGUACCCAGUCCAGACUAGCAGCUCUCUGGUGGCUGAAAUGGUGCCUCGUUCAGCAGAUGUGGGCUAUCUUGUCACUAAAGUGGUGGCUGUUGAUGUGGACUCUGGACAGAAUGCCUGGCUCUCCUAUAAACUGCAGAAAGCGACAGACAGGGCGCUGUUUGAAGUGGGCUUACAGAAUGGAGAAAUAAGAACUAUACGCCAAGUAACUGAUAAAGAUGCUGUGAAACAAAGGCUCACUGUUGUAGUGGAGGACAACGGGCAGCCCUCUCGUUCAGCUACAGUCAAUGUUAACGUGGCGGUGGCGGACAGCUUCCCUGAAGUGCUCUCGGAGUUCACUGACUUUACGCACGACAAGGAGUACAAUGACAACCUGACUUUUUACUUAGUCUUGGCUUUGGCUGUAGUCUCAUUUCUGUUCAUCACAUGUUUAGUGGUUAUUAUAUCAGUGAAAAUAUACAGAUGGAGACAGUCUCGCAUCCUCUAUCAUUCCAAUCUCCCGGUUAUUCCGUAUUAUCCACCGCGUUACGCAGACACUUUGGGGACAGGAACUCUACAGCACGUGUACAAUUACGAGGUGUGCAGGACGACUGACUCCAGAAAGAGUGACUGUAAGUUCGUCAGACCCUGUAGUCAGAACGUAUUGAUAAUGGACCCCAGUUCUACAGGGACGAUACAGCGGAUGCAGAGUGAACAGAACAUCCUGGAUGAACUAGACUCUCCAUUAGAGGAUGUCAGAGAGUGA